AUGCCCAGAAAUUACUCCUGGUUGCCACUGUCAACAAAAGAGGGAUUUGCCUCAUUGGUCGGCCAAGUCAUCACUAAAGCAGCGACACUAAAACCAUACAUCAUCAUCUCAAUGAAUGCAGUCGUAGAUGGGGGUACAGCCACUUUAUCAGAGUUACCCAGUGCUGUAUCAUCAUGUCCCGCCCAAGCAUCUGCAUUAACACCUCCUGAAAGUGAGGAUGAGUACAAUUGGGAUCUUGAGGACAGGUGUAUCUCAAAAAAGCCAGCUAUAAAAUUGUCAUCUGCCAGCACCACUUCUACACCAAUCAAAACUGUGUCUACCCCAGUAAAAUCUCCUACCCCCAAUGUAUUUGGUUAUCCACCCUUUUUCUACUACAACACCCCAUUUUUGCCCUAUCCGAUCAACUAUGGAAUUCCAGGCACCGGUAUGCCAAUGAAGAUGGAAUUCAGUGAGACAGGCCUACCUUGGAGCCCUGUUAUGCCUCCCACAAGCUCCCACAAAGCAAACCAUGACGAGAAACAACGUCUUUCAUCACCUCCAGUGGAAAUCCUCAGUAUUUCAGACAUCUGUGGGCUGUAUGGCCUUGGUGAAAGCAUUCAGAGUGGGCUGGAGCAGCUUGGCUUCAAGGUAGGAGAUAAAUUAGAUAGCAUCUGUAACAACCAAGAGUUUGUUACUCUGGCGCACAACUAG